UAUAGCUAGUUGUCAAAGUCAAAUUGAGGCCGACUUCAUUAUCGUGCAUAUGUAUUAGAAACAUAUAAAUAAUGAAAUAAACAGUGAUUUUUUAAAUUAAAAUGGGUGACAUUUCAAUAGAAAUGGAUCAAGUAGGUGUGGGUGAACUUAAUGUCAAGACCGAAGAUUUUGCCAAUGAUGUAGAAAAUGGAGAAAACUCAACAGCUAGCGAAGAGUCUAUUCUUCCAUUUCCAAGUUUAUUUACGAGUAAAACUCUGAUAGAACUAUCAAAUUCUUCGUGGACGCGAUCUAGGCGGGCUAAUGAAGAUGUGCAGCCUUAUUUGCGUGGUUGUAAAUGGUCACCGGACGGUACUUGUUGCCUCAGUGUGGUGAACAACGAUGGGGUACAUGUGACCGAGCUAUCGACAGACCUCUACGAAGGGUCUGUUGCCCCCAACCGAAUAAUAGACGUUAUGGAUUCUGUAAUUCACGUCAAAGAAUGCGGAUUGAUAUAUGACUUCUGUUGGUUUCCUAGGAUGAAUAGUCGCAUCCCAGAUACUUGUUGUUGGUUGACAACUAGGCAGAAUGCUCCAGUGCAAAUGUGGGAUGCUUACGAUGGUUCCCUGCGUUGUUCCUACAGGGGAUUUGAUUCAGUUGACCAGAUGGAACCAGCUAUAUCUGUGACCUUUUCAACUUUUGGCGGCCUAAUUAUAGCUGGAUACAAAAAAGCUAUUAGAAUUUUUGAUGUAGAAAGACCAGGCAGAGAAUUCAUAGAACAUAAAAUUAAAGCUCCGGCAGCAUGUCUUGCUGUGUGCGAUGAUCUGUUGGCUGUUGGGUCCUGGAACACCACUGUCAGCUUGUACAGUGCGAAUACACUCGGCAAUUACAAGAGUAUUGGAGUGAUGCAUGGACAUGGAGGAGGAGUCACUCAAGUAAAGUUCACACCAGAUGGCCGUUACCUCGUGUCGGGCGCUCGUAAGGACAACAGACUAUUACUGUGGGACAUCAGACACUUCCGUAGACCACUAAACAUAUUAUCUAGAGUAGUAGAAACUAACCAAAGAAUUUAUUUCGAUAUUUCACCCUGUGGCAAGUAUUUGGUCUCUGGUGGUACAGAUGGAGUAAUUAAGGUGUGGGACGAGGAUCAAGUGCCUUGGAAAUCUGCUUUGGAAAUCACUGAGGAUAUGGGUGAUACUGCUACUUAUAAGUUCCCACUCCAUAAAGAUUGCUGCAACAGUGUCUCAAUUCAUCCAAUACGGCCUAUCCUAGCAACUGGCUCAGGACAAUACCAUAUCAGACGUCCAAUGGUACCAUCACCAGAACCGAAGAUAGAAGUUAAAAACCAAGACAGUACCCCACCUAUGAUAAAAACAGAAAAUUCAACUGACGAGUCUACGGUUCCGACACAAUCAAAUAAAAGAAAAUUAGAAGACCGAGAAUCUCCUGAUUUAGAAAUAGAAUAUACAGAAAACACUGAAAAUAGUCUAGUGUUCUGGUGGAUUGGAGAAGUACCAGAUUUAACGUAGAUUAAAAUAUACAUAGUUUUAAUAUCUGUGUGUGUUUACCUAACUAACUUAUCUAGUCCUUAAAUAAUUAUAAGUUUGAAACAGCUGAUGAAUCAUUCAAA